AAAACUUUAAACAACAAUGUAUUAAUACUGGACUUACACUAUUACAACUUAUUUCAGAUAAUAAUACUAGAUGGAAUUCAACUAAUUUAAUAAUUGAAAGAGCUUUAUAUCUUCAAAAAGCUAUACAAAAUAUAAUAUUAAUUAAUAAUGAUCUUAAAAUCUAUGAAUUAUCAGAUUUUGAAUGGAAUUAUCUUCAAAAAAUUUAUAAUAUAUUACAG